CCGCUGAGACAUGGAGAGGAAGGGCCCGGCCAGAGAGAGCCCCAGAAGACUCUCCGCCAAGCCAGGCCGCGCCACAGAGAUGAAAAAAGCAGCUCGACCACUUGGCGUGGUGGCUGCUGACUCAGACAAGGACUCUGGCUUUUCAGAUGGGAGCUCAGAAUGUUUGAGCUCUGCAGAGCAGAUGGAGUCAGAGGACAUGCUGAGCGCCUUGGGCUGGAACAGAGAAGACAGGCGGAGGCCGAACCCUAAAGCUGCAAACAAUGCCUUCCCUACGCUGUCCCCUAUGGUCGUCAUGAAGAAUGUGCUGGUCAAGCAGGGCGGCAGCUCAUCCCAGCUCCAGUCAUGGACUGUCCAGCCCUCCUUUGAAGUGAUCUCAGCACAACCGCAGCUCUUUGUCCUCCAUCCGCCUGUGCCGUCUCCUGUCAGCCCUUGCCGUACCAGUGAGAAAAAGUCAGAGUCCAGAAACUACUUGCCCAUUCUAAAUUCUUACACCAAAAUAGCCCCCCACCCAGGCAAAAGGGGCCUUUCCCUCAGCUCAGAAGAAAGAGGAACAAGUAGGGAACCGAAGAAAAUCUGCACGGAGAGACUGGGGCCAGGCCUGUCUUCCAGCGAGCCCACUAAGACUGGCCCUAUGCUGUCUAGUCCUUCCACUCCGGCCCCACCCAGCUCCAAACUCACCGAGGACUCAGCCCUGCAAGGAGUGCCCUCCCUGGGUGCUGGUGGAAGUCCACAGCCUCUUCAACCUGUGUCCAGCAGUCACGUGGCUAAAGCUCCCAGCCUGACAUUCGCCUCACCCGCCAGUCCUGUGUGUGCAUCAGACAGCACUCUGCAUGGCUUGGAGAGCAGCUCCCCGCUUUCCCCGCUGUCAGCCAGCUACAGUUCAGCGCUGUGGGCCGCAGAGCACCUCUGCCGCAGCCCAGACAUCUGCUCAGAGCAGAGGCAGAACAAACACAGGCGCUUUCAGAAUACCUUAGUGGUCCUCCACAAGUCGGGUUUGCUGGAAAUCACUUUGAAAACCAAGGAGUUGAUUCGUCAGAACCAAGCAACUCAGGUGGAACUAGACCAACUGAAGGAGCAAACCCAGAUGUUCAUAGAGGCCACCAAGAGCAGGGCUCCUCAGGCAUGGGCCAAGUUGCAGGCCUCACUAACAUCUGGGUCCAGCCAUUCAGGCAGUGACCUAGACGCAUUAUCAGACCACCCAGACAUAUAGCACAGGGGCGUUUUCAGUCAUUUGAGUGGUUCUUUUAACUCUUUUGCUAUUACUACCUACACCUGUUUUCCACUGCUUAUUUAAGAGCUUUUCUUUCUAAACUCAAUCACACAGCCACGUGCCAGUCCCUGGUUGCUGUCUUUAAUCUGUGC